AUGGACCCUGUCCCCAUGUCCAAGGACGUGGAGGAGGGGGACUCCUUCUCGUUCAACGAGAAGUUCAGCAGCAAGCUCUUCAAGAUCAAGAUCGGCACGGUGUCGGCCACCAAGGAGGGGGAGGCGGAGAAGAACGAGACGCGCCACAAGGUGGAGCAGGAUCGCCAGCCCCAGAUUGACGCGGCCAUAGUGCGCAUCAUGAAGAGCCGCAAGGUGCUGGACCACAACACACUCAUCACUGAGGUGACGCGGCAGCUGACGCCGCGGUUCGUGCCCAACCCCGCGGUGAUCAAGAAGCGGAUCGAGACCAUGAUAGAGCGCGAGUUCCUGGAGAGGGACGAGGCUGACCGGAAGAUGUACAGGUAUCUCGCGUGA